UCGAAAGACACACGUCUGAACGGAAGGUGAGGAUACAAGACGUUUUUGUCAUCGAAUUACAACCUCGUCAUCAACUGUUCCUAGUAAACAGUGUAUCUGUGCGUCGCGACUUAGAAUGAGUACAGAGGUUGAAGAGGAAUUCUGUGAUGCUGCCAUGAGAGGAAACAUCAACUUUCUUACUCGAUUAAUACGAGGGAAACGUCAACAGAUUGUUAACAGUAGAGCUAAGAGAGGAGUGACUGCAUUACACCUUGCUGCCGCUAGUAAUGAUGUUUCAACUGUGAAGUAUUUGUGUGAACAAGGUUGUAAUAUCAAUACAACUGACAAUGUUGGAUGGACUGCAUUACAUUAUGCUGCCUCUAAAAAUGAAGUUUCAACUGUGAAGUAUUUGUGUGAACAAGGUUGUAAUAUCAAUGCAACUACCAAUGUUGGAUGGACUGCAUUACAUUAUGCUGCCUCUAAAAAUGAAGUUUCAACUGUGAAGUAUUUGUGUGAACAAGGUUGUAAUAUCAAUGCAACUACCAAUGGUGGAGAGACAGCACUUCAACAAGCUGAAGAGGGAAAACAUGAUGAUGUUAUUGAAGUUUUGAAGUUUUGGAAUGAUAAAUCAGUCAUGAGAUCAUCUCCAUCGUCAUUGCCUGUCAACUCUUCAACUCCUUCUGUUGUCGAUCGUCUUGGUCCUGAAGGAAAAGCUCUUUUUGAUCAAGCAUGCAAAAAAGGCAAAGUGCCAGGCAACAAGGUGUUGAUUGAUAGUAUGGGAGAGGAAGAUGCAGGAAAGUCAUGCCUUGAAGCUUCAAUUACAGACAAACCGUUUGUUGAAGGUCAGGAGAGCACGAAGGGAGUGAAGGUGAAGAUGAUGAUCUCACAAGCAGUUGGACACGGCACCGACUGGAAAGAAUUGAAAAGUGAAGAGGAGAGACAAGCGCAUCUCAGCAAGCUGUUGGCAAGAGAAUUUGUAGUUUAUAACGACAAACAACAGUCCGGCACAGCAAAAAGAAAAAAGCUAGACGAGCAAGAGAAAUACCCACAAGCAAGUUCUACAGAAUCUGAUUUGAAGUCAAUGUAUGCUGAAGCUGAGAGUCAUCCAAUAGGAUACGAGGAUUUCAAACUUGCCAAAGAAAUUGAUCGAGAUGUAGAUGUGGCCAUUUAUCGCAUGGAGAAGAAUAAGGAGGAGAUGCGCAAAUGUGAAGAAAUGAUCAAUGUGACAAUGAUGGACAGAGGAGGUCAAGAUCAAUUCCUCUCCACACACGCUGCACUUAUGGCUGAUAACGAGUAUCAAUGUACAGCUUGUUUUGUGGUUAUCGAUGGUUCCAAGCCACUGGAUGAGAAGGUGACCACAUCCAAGUUUCGUCUUGCAGAUGGAACGGUCAUUGAGAAACCGCGGGAUGUGGCUACCACAAGAGCCGACGUCAUACGUCACUGCUUCACUGCUCUCUCUGCUGCCUUUCCUGCUGGCAGAACACGCAAUAAGUUUUUUGGCAAGGGGCGUGUCAAAAUGGCACCAGCAACAUUCAUAUUUGCUUCUAGAAAGGACAAAGCAAAAAGUAAAAUUUUCAUGGAAAGACAGGAGCAAAUAGUGCAAGAAAUCAUCGCUGAAGAGAAUUUUGGUGAUCACAUUGUGCCCUUUGGUGAAGAUCAGGUGCUGUUCCAUGUCGACAACACAAAGUCAGGAACAGGCAAUCCCGAUCCAACGAUUGUCUUCAUCAAGAAAAUGAUUGUUGAAAUGGCUCGUGAAUAUUGGGAUGAGGAAGAGAAGAUUCCAUUACCAUGGGCCAUUCUGGAUAAAGGUCUGGGUCUGUUGAGAAUGAGAAAGCACAAAGUUCUUGAUCUGCACGAUGUCUGCCAAUUAGCUGCCAGGGUGUGUGAUAUCUCAUCAGACGAGGAAUGCAGACAUGCUCUGCGAUAUCUGAGCAGCCUUGGAACUAUCGGUUUCUACCACAAUGUUGCCGGUCUCAACAAGAAAGUGCUUCCUAACAUUCAGUGGGUUGCUGAUGUGUUGGCCAUUUUUGUCACAGUUCUUGAUCGGUCAAGAAUUCCUCCUCAGUUUUGGAAUGAUCUCAAGAAGCUUCAUGAGGAAGGGAUCAUGCAUUGGGAUCUUGCCAAAUAUCUGAUGAAGAAGGCAGGAGUGGAAGAAGUGAACUAUGAUGUCAUUCUCAUCCUGCUGCAGCUGUUUAAUAUAAUUUCCGGAUUAGUCUUGGCUUCUCGUUCAGUCACUGCAGAUGUCACAGUUCAACAGGGUCAGAACUUUUUCGUUCCCUCUAUGGUCAUCACAGAAUUCAUCACCAGCCACUUUGCCUACCAAUCAGCAUUCUGCUCUUGCACAUCUCCUCCAUCUUUGUUCUUUAUUCCCAGGGGUUUCAAUGCUUUUCUCAAACCUCUAUUUUACCGUUUUGUGACUCGCUUGAUCAGCAAGUACACUAAAGGCCCUCAGCUCAGCAGAAACCAAGUGAUACUUCAUCUUUCCAAGGAUGUAGAUCUGGAGUUGGUGUACACUGUGAAGGCUGUCAUUGUUACCGUCUACUGUCCAGCCAGUUGCAAACAACAACCUCCAGAUGAAGUGCUUCGUCCACUGUGUGACAGUGUGCGAGUGACUCUAACAGAACAACUCAUGCGGGCCAAAGAACGAGGCAUGGAUGGCUUUCAGUUUGAGGUCUGUGUUCAUGCCACAGUCGAUGAAGCUCCAGACGAAUAUGAUCUGAAACGAUUGGCUUCACUGGAUGACUAUCCAGAAGACGACAUGCUGAUUGACAAACAACGCCGACUCAUUGGCUCUCCUGCUAAACUUGAUAUGUGGUAUCACGACAUCUCUGUUAGUGAUACAACAGAAGUUGCUGCUGACAAAGUUUAUGAUCCAGAUGUGGUUCUGUCUACUGUAUUGCAGAAUGGUUGUGAUCGUUGGCUCUCUAUUGGUUUGAAGAUGGGAUUUACGUUUGGCAAAGUCAACGAGAAUACAAAUGGCAUCUCUGUUGGUGCUGACAAGUUGAAGGCUUUGUUUGAAGUAAAGGCACGAAAAGUAGGACGAGACAAAGCAGCCAAACAACUGCUAGCAGCUUGUCGUUCUAUUCCACAGCCAAUUAUUGGAGCAGUGAUGGAUCAACUGGCAGGUGAUGCAGCAACUGCAGCAUCUCAGCUGAAGCCUGAUUCUGUGGGAAUGAACUUGGAACAGGUAGCCGAAUGCAAACUGAGUAGGAAGCUCCUCGUCAUUGUUGCUCGGGAGGUUGCUAGUUACUGGACGGAAUUUGCUGCUCAGCUUGACCCAGACAAGUUUACUGUAUCAACGAUGAGUAUUAUAGAACAGGAACGCAGAACAUUGUUUGACCAGGCUCAUAAAAUGCUGGAAUAUUGGGUCAAUCAUCUCGACCAACAAGCGAAGUGUCUUUUGAUUGUGAAAACAUUUCUGGCCAUGCAAAAGAAAGCUCAGGCAAAUUUCAUAUUUGGUGCAGACCUGGUAGAGUACAUUGAAAAGUACAUGGAUAAAGUGUUGGUUUGAAGACAUCAAUUGAAAUUGACUUUUUAUUUGUAGCUUGUAACGACAGAAACAAGUUAGUACAUGCAUUUUUAUAGUUUCCAAGUUCUUUAUCAAUAUUUCUAGAAUGUCACAGAUAUCAGACAUUCACAAUACAAUAUUGUUUACGUAUAUGAUGUUCUGUGGUGAUGUAACUGCACCUGCACAAUGUAUAUUGAAUUGUAGUAAAGAUCGAGACUAUCUUCAUUCAAGAGU